AGGCCUUCUCCCCCCACCGCUGAAGACGGCGCGCUGUUACUCUGAAAAGCUCGCCUCACUUCCUGCCUGACAGACGGUUUUACCUGAAGUUCUGCUCACCUGGACUCCACCUGCAUCACCUGAGCUCCCGUCAGAACUCCGGUUUCGGAUUACCUGAAGAUGUUUUGGGAUCGGGGUUGUAGCGCCCUCUAUCGCUCGCCGGCGGUACCGCCGGAUCAAGAACAGAGACGGGAAGCAGGUUUGUGGAUGGAUGAUGUCGACUGACAGAAGAUCCGGAGGUCCUGCUCCAGUUCUGCUCCGGUUCUACUGCGGUUCUGCUCAGCAAGAGAGGACAUAAAGUCUUUGAAGGUCCAGAUGAAGACGUCCCACAUGGACACUUGGGGUCAGAAGGUCAAAGAACCGGGACGACCCGCUGAGAGCCACACAGGAAACAAGGCGUCGGUUCUGGUCCAGAUUCUACCUGAACCACCUCGGACCCCCCAGUUCACACUGGUAGGACUGGUGAGAGAGGGAGGGGGAGGGGGCGAUCAAGGGCUCACACACCUGCUCUCUCUCUCUCUGGUUGGUCUGUUUGAGCCCCCCUCCCCCCUCACUCACACCCCGUUUCUUUUGCCUUUUAAGGCGGGGCCCCGCCCCCCGCCGUGAUGUCAGCGGCUCAGAGGAAGACCCGUGGGGUUUUUGGGUUCUGGCGUCCAGUCCUGUGGGGCCGCAGGGCUGAGAGUUUCUCCUCCGCUCCUCAUCCCUCCAUCCCGGCCGCCGCGCCUCCUCUCUGCUCCUCUCUUUGGGGAAAAGAAAAAAGACACUUUGCUCCUUUCCGGACGGCUCUUUUUUCUGCUGCUCCUUCUCUCUGAGGAUUUUAUUUCUCCUUUUUCCCGCCUCCUUCUCCUUUCCUCUCUGAUGAAUUUUAAAAUCCUCAACUUGAAUUUUCUCCGUUUUUUUGUCUCUUCAGUGAAAAGUCAGAAAUAAAAUCUAAGAGGUCAAAAGUUGAGAGGAACUUUGAGCGUCUCCUCCUCGGAUCGUUCCGGAGCGUUUCUGAAGCGAUGAAGAGUCGGCCUCCGUCUCAGCUCCUCUAGACUUUCCUCUCGUGGUGGUUUGCGUUUCCACGGCGGCGCCGCUGUGGUCGGAGAUGUUCGGCAUCCAGGACAACCUGCCCCGCGGGGCCACGGCCAACAUGAAGGAGGAGCCGCUGGCGGUGCGCUCCUGGAUGCACGCCGCCGGCGUGGUGGACGCCAACACGGCCGCUCAGAGCGGGGUGGGGUUAGCCCGGGCUCACUUCGAGAAGCAGCCCCCGUCCAACCUGAGGAAGUCCAACUUCUUCCACUUCGUGCUGGCGCUGUACGACCGGCAGGGCCAACCGGUGGAGAUCGAGCGCACCGCCUACGUGGACUUUGUGGAGAAGGAGAAGGAGCCGAGCGGAGAGAAAACCAACAACGGGAUCCACUAUAAGCUGCAGCUGCUCUACAGUAACGGAGUGAGAACGGAGCAGGACCUGUACGUCCGCCUCAUCGACUCCAUGACCAAACAGGCCAUCAUCUACGAGGGUCAAGACAAGAACCCCGAGAUGUGCCGGGUUCUGCUGACACACGAGAUCAUGUGCAGCCGCUGCUGUGAUAAGAAGAGCUGUGGAAACAGGAACGAGACGCCGUCGGACCCCGUCAUCAUCGACAGGUUCUUCCUCAAGUUCUUCCUGAAGUGUAACCAGAACUGUCUGAAGAACGCCGGGAACCCCCGAGACAUGAGGAGGUUUCAGGUGGUGGUUUCGACGACCGUGAACGUGGACGGUCACGUGCUCGCUGUUUCUGACAACAUGUUUGUGCACAACAACUCCAAACACGGACGGCGGGCGCGGCGGCUGGAUCCGUCUGAGGCCACUCCCUGCAUAAAAGCCAUCAGUCCCAGUGAGGGCUGGACGACGGGCGGAGCCACCGUCAUCCUCAUCGGGGACAACUUCUUCGAUGGUCUUCAGGUGGUCUUCGGCACCAUGCUGGUGUGGAGUGAGCUGAUCACCCCCCACGCCAUCCGGGUCCAGACUCCGCCCCGCCACAUCCCCGGGGUCGUCGAGGUCACGCUGUCCUACAAGUCCAAACAGUUCUGUAAGGGGGCGCCGGGACGCUUCGUCUACACAGCGCUGAACGAACCCACCAUCGAUUACGGCUUCCAGAGGUUACAGAAGGUCAUCCCCCGUCACCCCGGAGACCCCGAGAGACUGCCCAAGGAGGUCCUGUUGAAGAGAGCGGCUGACCUGGUGGAGGCGCUCUACGGCAUGCCGCACAACAACCAGGAAAUCAUCCUAAAGCGAGCAGCAGACAUCGCUGAAGCCCUCUACAGCGUUCCCCGAAACCACAACCAGAUCCCUUCGCUCGGCAACACCACCUCGCACGGCAUGAUGGGAGUGAAUUCCUUCAGCGGACAGCUGGCCGUCAAUGUUUCUGAGACCACGCAAGGUGUGGCUCUGAGCGAGAGCGCCAAAGACACGACCUCCACGUCAGCUGACAGACGCUUCCUGUCUCUUUCAGUUGGUUACAGCAGAAACACCAGCAGCGUGUCGCCACGAGGAUACGCCCCAAGCUCCACCCCUCAACAGAGUAACUAUGGUAACACCGUCAGUAACAGCAUGAACGGCUACGGCAACACUGGCAUGCCAAACCUCGGAGUGGCGACGUCUCCUGGUUUCCUUAACGGCUCUUCUGCCAACUCCCCCUACGGCAUCGUCCCGUCCAGUCCCACCAUGGCCGUGUCCAACUGUAACUCCUCCCACGGAGUCUUCUCCUUCUCCACCGCUGUCAAACAGAAGAGCGCCUUCGCUCCCGUCGUCCGGCCUCCAACGUCCCCUCCCCCUCCCCCCAACUGUUCAGCCAACGGCGCCAACGGACUUCAAGCCAUGUCCGGACUCGUCGUCCCGCAGAUGUAGACCUCUCUACACCGUCCUCACCUGUUUCGCCACAAGCACAUAUCACCUCAGAGGGGGGGGCAGGGCCUCGGGAUGUGGAGCCGACCACUCAGAGCAAUCCUGUCGAUGUUGUCUGUCCCUGAUUGGACAAAACCUGUGCUCCAUCAUGAAGACCAGGACGUUCUGAACAACAGUUUUCUGCAGGAGCCUCAGCUCCCGUUAUAUAGGACCUGUGACGGGGGAGGGGUAACGUCCCCCCAUCCCCUAAAACCACUUCCUCUGAUUGUGAAUUUGUGAGAGAAAAUACUUAAAGGCCUCAAAUGACCAAUAAACAGGACAGAUGCCAAACAUCUGAGGGUUUACAGGAAGUCUGGAGUCAAGAGGAAAACGGAAACAAGAAACUUCUGGAAGUCCAACUGGAAUCUGGAGUUUUAGCGUUUCUCAGAAGGAGACGGUCAGGGAGACGUGAAGGACCGAGGACAACGGACAUCUGGUGGUGGAAGCAGCUCCAAAGCCGUUCAUUUUAGGCCUCGUUUCCACCGAGCGGUCCGGUCCGGUAAGGUACGGUCCAGUUCAUUCUGGUGGGCGUUUCCAUUGAGCAUUUUGUCUUCAUGGCGCUAGCGGACCGCUAGCUCACCCCGUAUCGCAGCGUCACCAAGGAUGGUCAGGAACAUUUCAGUUCCACCACAGAUCAGUCCUCGCUGCUGUUCGCAGACGUUUUCAGUAUAAACUCGUGACCAAAACAAAGGUUGGAAACGUUAGCUUAAAUCAGAGAUAGACGGGUUCUUUCUUAUGUUGUCAUCACUUUCUGCCAAUCAGUGGGCAGAAACAGUGGCUCCGCCCCAACCGUUCUGUUCCACUUUUGAUGGGCCCCCAAGAGGUAGAGGUCGGUACUGUAUAAUGGGUCCAUUUAUCAAUGGAAACGCUCAAAAUACCGGACCGGACUGCUAAGAGGAAAGAAGGCUUUAGGGCACAUUCAGGUGUUUGGUACACCUGUGAUCCAAACUAGGAUCUCUUAUACUCAUUGACCCUAUAUGAGAACUGGACUCAGUGACCCCACCCCCUCACCUUCCAAACAGGAAGUACCUGCUGGCUUCUAGAAGCCACAAUCCCAGAGACUUCUAUAGUGAAAUAAACAGCUGUUCUUCAGUCAUUCUGUUGGUCAGAAUUAAACAUUCUGGCUCUGAUAUCUUUUAGUUAAUCCUCAUUUUCUUAUUUUUUAUAAGCAGGCCAAUCAGAUGCCUCAAUAAAAGUAGGCGGAGCCUUCUGGCCCCCGCGUCCAAUAUUUCCUGUAGCCUGCUUUCAAGUGCUCACUCCUGAUUGGUGAGAGUGGUUACCAUAGAAACGAUGACUCAGACCCACUCGGUCCAAUCACUGACCAAUACCGGCUCCAACAUGGAGACGCCCGUAAUGUGGAAAAAAUGGCAAAUGUAUUGGCCUCAUUUGGUUGGAGCCAGAAGUGAACCGUUUCAAUGGAUGACAUCACACUCACUCUGUCCAGUUCUCAUACACAGUCAGUGGUUUUGUUGGGUAUUCCACUUUCAUGUAGCAGGUAUACAAACUCACCUGAACUGAGAGAACUCUGGAUGAGCAGAACUUCAACUGAUCAAGACGGACAAGGCCAGUUCAGCGAGAAUCUGAAGAAAACGUGGAGACAAAGUACAAACCUUAAUUACGUUUCAUAUUUUUUCUUCUUCUUGUCUUUUAUUUUCUGCCCUGAUAAGAUCUUCUUCUUUCUACAAAUGCAAUAGUUUUUCUGCUGGUUCGGUCCACUUCACUCGUUGAGUUUCACAUUAUUGAAGUAUAAGUUCGUGGACUCGCAUCCCGCGACCUGCUAGCGAGUCCUCGACUUUUGUCAAAAUGCUCGUCUUGAAAAGCUGAUUCAUUUGAGGCCUUUAACGGAAUCACAACCGAAGCUCACAGAUUUGUGGAAGCACAAACUGUAAAAAAAAGAAAAAAGAAUCUUUUGUCUUUACUAACCCCGCCUACUGUUCACAAAGCUCCGCCCCUUUUGUCUUUUCUUUGUGCUUGCACUGUAAAACCAAGUCUUGCAUUCUGGCGCUGCUGUUACCGUCUGUCUCCUUGUUCAAAGUUGUCUUUCUUGACCUAGCCCCACCCACUCCCCCAUGCCCCGCCCUCAGCACCAGAGCCCCACCCCCAUGUUCUCUCUGUGGGUUUUGUGAAUUUUGCCAAAAUUGUAGCUGGCUGAAUAUUUACACGUCACUGUGGUUGAAGACACGCCGUCACAGAGGAAACCUGCGUUUGUAUCAUACAGAGGAUAAAUACAGUAUUUAUACUGGACAGUUUUUGUAAAAAUGGAUGUUUGUCAUGUUGUUGUCAUGCAGUUUCAAGUCUGUGUGUGUCUGUGGUGGUGCCACACUGAAGAGCAACCAUUGUUUUGUAUCGGAGACAAAAAGUCUUCACACAUUUGUAGAGCUGUCAAUCAAAGUUGAUGUCAAACCAGAUCCACUGUUGGGGUUUCAAUGUGACUUUUGUUUUACGACCAUCCAGAGAUGGUUUCUUCACACGGAAUAAAGUCAGCAGGAUGUUCUGAUGGCUGAACGGGUUCACCUGAAUGUUUGAUCAUCAUUAAAAAGAGGCCUCCUGUCCACUUCA